CCUGAAGCAGCAGCAGCAGAGGAACCAGCGGAGACAGGGGGGCAUGCCCACCACCUCCAGCCCGAGACUGCUCAUCAAGAACGUAAAGGACAUGGCUGACACCAUUGCCACUAAGACCGGUAGGUGGCAGACAUAGACAUAUACAGUAUAUGAGCUCCAAAAGUAUUAGGACAGUGGCAAUGUUGUUGUUGUUGUUUUGGGUCUAUACUCCAGCACUUUGGAUUUGAAAUGAUACAAUGACUAUGGAGGUUAAAGUGCAGACUGUCAGCUUUAAUUUGAGGGUAUUUUCAUCCAUAUCGGGUGAACCGUUUAGAGAUUACGGCACUUAGUCCCCCCAUUUUAGGGGACCAAAAGUAUUGGGACAAAUUCACUUAUGUGUAAUAAAGUAGUAAAAAGUUAAAGUAUUUGGUCCCAUAUUCCUAGCACGCAAGGACUACAUCAAGCUUUUGUUUUGGUUGUGUUUCAGAUUAUUUUGUGCCCAAUAGAAAUGAAUGGUAAAUGGUAUUGUGUAAUUUAGGAGUUACAUUUAUUGUAAAUAAGAAUAUAAUAUGUUUCUAAACACUUCUACAUUAAUGUGGAUGCUACGAUGUUUACGGAUAGUCCUGACUGAAUCGUGAAUAAUGAUGAAUGACAAUGUUAGACACAAAUACGAUACCCCCAAGACAUGCUAACCUCUCACCAAUACAAUAACAGGGGAGGUUAUCAUUUUUGGGAGGGUAUGAUAUUUAUGCCUCUAACUUUCUCACGCAUCAUUAUUCACGAUUCAUUCAGGAUUAUCCGUAAUCAUGGUAGCAUACACAUUCAUGUAGAAUUGUUUAGAAACGUUAUAUUCUUAUUGACAAUAAAAUUAGGGGACUAUGUACAAAAUGUGCUGUAAUUUCUAAACGGUUUACCCAAUAUGGAUGAAAAUACCCUCAAAUUAAAGCUGACAGUCUGCACUUUAUCCUCCAUUGUCAUUGUAUCAUUUCAAAUCCAAAGUGCUGGAGUACAGAGCCAAAACAGCAAAACAUGUGUCACUGUUCCAAUACUUUUGGAGCUCACUGUAGCUACAGUGCAUUCGGAAAGUAAGACCCCUUGACUUUUUCCACAUUUUGUUACGUUACAGCCUUAUUCUAAAAUGUAUUACAUAAAACAUUUCCUAAUCAAUCUACACACAAUACCCCAUAAAGUGAAACGUUUUUUAGACAUUUUUGCAAAUGUAUAAAAAAAUAAAAUGGAAAUAUGACAUUUAGAUAAGUAUUCAGACCCUUUGCUAUGAGACUCGAAAUUGAGCUCUGGUGCAUCCUAUUUCCAUUGAUCAUCCUUGAGAUGUUUUUACAACUUGAUUGAAGUCCACCUGUGGUAAAUUCAAUUGAUUGGACAUGAUAUGAAAGGCACACACCUGUCUAUAUAAGGUCCCACAGUUGACAGUGCAUGUCAGAGCAAACACCAACCCAUGAGGUCUAAGGAAUUGUCCGUAGAGCUCCGAGACAGGAUUGUGUCGAGGUACAGAUCUGGAGAAGGGUACCAAAAAAUGUCUGCAUCAUUUAAGGUCCCCAAGAACACAGUGGCCUCCAUCAUUCUUAAAUGGAAGAAGUUUGGAACCACCAAGACUCUUCCCAGAGCUGGCCGCCUGGCCAAACUGAGCAAUCGGGGGAGGUGACCAAGAACCUGAUGGUCACUCUGACAGAGCUCCAGAGUUUCUCUGUGGAGAUGGGUGAACCUUCCAGAAGGACAACCAUCUCUGCAGCACUCCACCAAUCAGGCCUUUAUAGUAGAGUGGACAGACAUAAUCCACUCCUCAGUAAAUGGCACAUGACAGCCCACUUGGAGUUUGCCAAAAGGCAGCUAAAGGACUCUCAGACCAUGAGAAACAAGAUUCUCUGGUCUGAUGAAACCAAGAUUGAACUCUUUGGCCUGAAUGCCAAGCGUCACAUCUGGAGGAAACCUGGCACCAUCCCUACGGUGAAGCAUGGUGGUGGCAGCAUCAUGCUGUUGGGAUGUUUUUCAGCGGCAGGGAAUGGGAAACUAGUCAGUAUUGAGGGAAAGAUGAACGUAGCAAAGUACAGUCGUGGUCAAACGUUUUGGGAAUGACAGAAGUAUUGGUCUUCACAAAGUUUGCUGCUUCAGUGUUUUUAGAUAUUUUUGUCAGAUGUUACUGUGGUAUACUGAAGUAUAAUUACAAGCAAAGAGUCAAUAUUUGCAGUGUUGACCAUUCUUUUUCAAGACCUCUGCAAUCCGCCCUGGCAUGCUGUCAAUUAACUUCUGGGCCACAUCCUGACUGAUGGCAGCACAUUCUUGCAUAAUCAAUGCUUGGAGUUUGUCAGAAUUUGUGGGUUUUUGUUUGUCCACCCGCCUCUUGAGGGUCGACCACAAGUUCUCAAUGGGAUUAAGGUCUGGGGAGUUUCCUGGCCAUGGACCCAAAAUGUCGAUGUUUUGUUCCCCUAGCCACUUAGUUAUCACUUUUGCCUUAUGGCAAGUUGCUCCAUCAUGCUGGAAAAGGCAUUGUUCAUCACCAAACUGUUCUUGGAUGGUUGGGAGAAGUUGCUCUCGGAGGAUGUGUUGGUACCAUUCUUUAUUCAUGGAUGUGUUCUUAGGCAAAAUUGUGAGUGAGCCCACUCCCUUGGCUGAGAAGCAACCCCACACAUGAAUGGUCUCAGGAUGCUUUACUGUUGGCAUGACACAGGACUGAUGGUAGCGCUCCCCUUGUCUUCUCCGGACAAGCUUUUUUCCGGAUGCCCCAAACAAUCGGAAAGGGGAUUCAUCAGAGAAAAUGUCUUUACCUCAGUCCUCAGCAGUCCAAUCCCUGUACCUUUUGCAGAAUAUCAGUCUGUCCCUGAUGUUUUUCCUGGAGAGAAGUGGCUUCCUCGCUGCCCUUCUUGACACCAGGCCAUCCUCCAAAAGUAUUCGCCUCACUGUGCGUGCAGAUGCACUCACACCUGCCUGCUGCCAUUCCUGAGCAAGCUCUGCACUGGUGGUGCCCCGAUCCCGCAGCUGAAUCAACUUUAGGAGACGGUCCUUGCGCUUGCUGGACUUUCUUGGGCGCCCUGACGCCUUCUUCACAACAAUUGAACCUCUCUCCUUGAAGUUCUUGAUGAUCCGAUAAAUGGUUGAUUUAGGUGCAAUCUUACUAGCAGCAAUAUCCUUGCCUGUGAAGCCCUUUUUGUGCAAAGCAAUGAUGACGGCAUGUGUUUCCUUGCAGGUAACCAUGGUUAACAGAGGAAGAACAAUGAUUUCAAGCACUACCCUCCUUUUAAAGCUUCCAGUCUGUUAUUCUAACUCAAUCAGCAUGACAGAGUGAUCUCCAGCCUUAUCCUCGUCAACGCUCUCACCUGUGUUAACGAAAGAAUCACUGACAUGAUGUCAGCUGGUCCUUUUGUGGCAGGGCUGAAAUGCAGUGGAAAUGUUUUUUGGGGGAUUAAAUUCAUUUUCAUGGCAAAGAGGGACUUUGCAAUUGAUUGCAAUUCAUCUGAUCACUCUUCAUGACAUUCUGGAGUAUAUGCAAAUUGCCAUCAUAAAAACUGAGGCAGCAGACUUUGUGAAAAUUAAUAUUUGUGUCAUUCUCAAAACUUUUGACCACGACUGUACAGAGAGAUCAUUGAUGAAAACCUGCUCCAGAGCGCUCAGGACCUCAGACUGGUUCACCUUCCAACAGGACAGCGACCCUAAGCACAGCCAAGAAAAAGCAGGAGUGGCUUCGUGACAAGUCUCUAAAUGUCCUUGAGUGGCCCAGCCAGAGCCUGGACUUGAACCUGAUCGAACAUCUCUGGAGAAACCUGAAAAUAGCUGUGCAGCGACGCUCCCCAUCGAACCUGACAGAGCUUGAGAGGAUCUGCAGAGAAGAAUGGGAGAAACUCCCCAAAUACAGGUGUGCUAAGCUUGUAGCGUCAUACCCAUGAAGACUCAAGGCUGUAAAAUGUGGAAAAAGUCAAGGGGUCUGAAUACUUUCCGAAUGCACUGUAUAUCAUAGGUAGAAGCCUACAGGAAACACUAACAAUCACUAUCGAUGAUGAUCAAUGAUCAUCUCACACUAGUCUCUACCUUUAUACACAAAGCACUGUAGUCAUAGCUUUCUUAUCCAGUUAUAAUUUUUUUAAAUGCAGUGUAUCCACUUGUGUGGCUGAGUUGUGUUUAAAUCAAAUCAAAUGUUCCUCACUCUCCAUCCAAACAGAACCCUGUCCUGCCUCUGGUACCAGGAAGAUGUCUCAGAGGUCCAAUCGACUCAGUGCACGUAAGUACUACAUAUUUCAGACAUUCCAGAUGGAAGUUUAAUAGAAUUUGCAUCCAUAUACCGCAGCAGCAUGAUCGCCCAUUUAAAUACUGCUGAGGCAAUAUCGUGUUACUGCCACGACAAGAUCCUACAUUUGAGUCAUUUAACAGACGCAGACUUAUUGGAGCAAUUAGGGUUAAGUGCCAUGCUUAAGGGCACAUCGGCAGAUGUUUCACCCAGUCGGCUCCAGGAUUCGAACCAGCGACCUUUCAGUCACUGGCCCAACGCUCUUAACCGCUAGGCUACCUGCCGCCUCUGUAGUAGACUCAUCCAGCCUAUCUUUGUCAUUUAGAUAUAGUAGGCUUAUACGGUACAUGCCAGUCUCUGUUGGCCUGGUCCCAGAUCUGUUUGUGCUGUCUUGCCAACUCCCAUGGUCAUUGACAUGCCAAACAUAACAACAACCAUAGGAGUUGGCUACAGCACAAACAGAUGGGACUAAGUCUCUGUAUCCUUUCUUGUUCUUUUGUAUGAUUUACAGUGGAUUUAUCUCCUCUUGUGUUGUUGUCUCCAGGGCAACUGAAGCGUACCAAGUGUGCAGAGAUAGACGUUGAGACACCAGACUCUAUCCUGGUUAACACCAACCUGCGUGCCCUGAUCAACAAACACACCUUCUCUGUCCUGCCCACAGAGUGCCAACAGAGGCUACUCACACUACUGCCUGAGGUCGACCAACAGGUGGGGUUAUACUAGACACCAUAAGGUCUCUAGCGCGAAAGAGGUUUAAAACCAAGAGACUCAACUUGAGAUUAAUUUCUGUAAUCAUCCACAAGGUAUUUGCAGGAAAUAAUUGCAUGGUGAGUCUCUCAUCUCUCUUUAUGUACUGAUUAUGAUAAUGACGAUGAUGAUGAUGUUGAUGAUAUUGAAAAUGAUGCUGAUAAUGAUUAUCACAUUGACAAAGAUGAUGAUUAUGAUAGUGAUAAUGAUGCUGCAGCUUGUGAUGAUGAUGUACAUAAGUUAUCUCUGUCUGUAUCUCUAGGCCUGUAUGGAUGGUCUGUUGAAGGUCACCAGUUCUGCCUUGAACAAUGAGUUUUUCACAUCAGCAGCUCAGUCCUGGAAGGAACGACUGGCAGAAGGUCAGUGCUUCAAGCCUGGUCCCGGAUCUGUUUGUGCUGUCUUGCCAAUUGUCAAUGGCAUGAUAAUUACCAUUGGCAAGACGCCACAAACAAAUCUUGGACCAGGCUACUGUGCUUCUGCUUCAAAAUAGAACAUGGAAGAAAUGUGUUAUUACUCACCUUUUAAAACUUUUUAUUAAACAUGAUCUUUUUCAUGUUUCCAGUAACACGUUUUUUAAAUGUCUCGUAAACCUUUUUAAAUUUUUAUAUUUUCCACACCACCAAGGUGAGUUCACUCCUGAGUUGCAGCUGAGAAUGCGUCAGGAGAUUGAGAAGGAGAAGAAGGUGGAGCAUUGGAAGGAAAGCUUCUUUGAGAGCUACUAUGGUGAAAAGUAAGUCAUUUUUCAGGGCUGGAAUCUUUAAAAUACAAGGCAGUUAUUGUUAUGUCAUUCAAGAUUUUUUUACCUGCAAGGCUCUGCUUGCAUACAGUGAGGGGGAAAAAAGUAUUUGAUCCCCUGCUGAUUUUGUACGUUUUCCCACUGACAAAGACAUGAUCAGUCUAUAAUUUUAAUAGUAGGUUUAUUUGAACAGUGAGAGACAGAAUAACAACAAAAUAAUCCAGAAAAGAAUGCAUGUCAAAAAUGUUAUGAAUUGAUUUGCAUUUUAAUGAGGGAAAUAAGUAUUUGACCCCUCUACAAAACAUGACUUAGUACUUGGUGGCAAAACCCUUGUUGGCAAUCACAGAGGUCAGACGUUUCUUGUAGUUGGCCACCAGGUUUGCACACAUUUCAGGAGGGAUUUUGUCACACUCCUCUUUGCAGAUCUUCUCCAAGUCAUUAAGGUUUCGAGGCUGACGUUUGGCAACUCGAACCUUCAGCUCCCUCCACAGAUUUUCUAUGGGAUUAAGGUCUGGAGACUGGCUAGGCCACUCCAGGACCUUAAUGUGGUUCUUCUUGAGCCACUCCUUUGUUGCCUUGGCUGUGUGUUUUGGGUCAUUGUCAUGCUGGAAUACCCAUCCACGACCCAUUUUCAAUGCCCUGGCUGAGGGAAGGAGGUUCUCACCCAAGAUUUGAUGGUACAUGUCCCCGUCCAUCGUCCCUUUGAUGCGGUGAAGUUGUCCUGUCCCCUUAGCAGAAAAACACCCCAAAGCAUAAUGUUUCCACCUCCAUGUUUGACAGUGGGGAUGAUGUUCUUGGGGUCUUAGGCAGCAUUCCUCCUCCUCCAAACACGUUGAGUUGAUGCCAAAGAGCUCGAUUUUGGUCUCAUCUGACCACAACACUUUCACCCAGUUCUCCUCUGAAUCAUUCAGAUGUUCAAUGGCAAACUUCAGACGGGCCUGUAUAUGUGCUUUCUUGAGCAGGGGGACCUUGCGGGCGCUGUAGGAUUUCAGUCCUUCACGGCGUAGUGUGUUACCAAUAGUUUUCUUGGUGACUAUGGUCCCAGCUGCCUUGAGAUCAUUGGCAAGAUCCUCCCGUGUAGUUCUGGGCUGAUUCCUCACCGUUCUCUUGAUCAUUGCAACUCCACGAGGUGAGAUCUUGCAUGGAGCCCCAGGCCGAGGGAGAUUGACAGUUAUUUUGUGUUUCUUCCAUUUGCGAAUAAUCGCACCAACUGUUGUCACCUUCUCACCAAGCUGCUUGGCGAUGGUCUUGUAGCCCAUUCCAGCCUUGUGUCUACAAUCUUGUCCCUGACAUCCUUGGAGAGCUCUUUGGUCUUGGCCAUGGUGGAGAGUUUGGAAUCUGAUUGAUUGAUUGCUUCUGUGGACAGGUGUCUUUUAUACAGGUAACGAGCUGAGAUUAGGAGCACUCCCUUUAAGAGUGUGCUCCUAAUCUCAGCUCGUUACCUGUAUAAAAGACACCUGGGAGCCAGAAAUCUUUCUGAUUGAGAAGGGGUCAAAUACUUAUUUCCCUCAUUAAAAUGCAAAUCAAUUUAUAACAUUUUUGACAUGCGUUUUCCUGGAUUUUUUUGUUGUUAUUCUGUCUCUCACUGUUCAAAUAAACCUACCAUUAAAAGUAUAGACUGAUCCUUUCUUUGUCAGUGGGCAAACGUACAAAAUCAGCAGGGGAUCAAAUAUCUCUCUCUCUCUCUCUCUCUGUCUUUCUCUUUCUCUUUCUCUUUCUCUUUCUCUUUCUCUUUCUCUUUCUCUUUCUCUUCCUAUCCAGCUCUGGACUCAGCUUAGAGGAAUCCAAAGAGUUGCUUGAGUCUGGUCUUAGUCUGGAGCUCUCAGCCACCAAACCCCAGUCGUCUCCUCCAACACAGCCAAGUCCUGCUGGCCAAGCAUUGCAAGAUCCCAAGGUCCCUGAGAACAGCUGCCAUACUCGUUUUUCAGAGAGGAGGCUCCGAUCAUCAUCACUGCCUAUAAACCCUACAUGUAAACCAAUAGAACCUCCAUCUAAACCCAUAGAGCCUUCCAAGCCAAGACCGGAACCAGAGCCUGUUCAGGAAGAACCAGUACCAGUCCCACCCGUUGUCCCACCAGUUCUAUUACCGAAAAAUGUACAGAAGACACUGGAGGUUGAGUACCCCAGACACAGGACUCGUAGCAGAGGUUUAUCCCUGCCUAUAAUGGCAGUGGAGGCACCUGUUGUGAGGAGACAAGAUGUGGUGGACUCAACCUCAAUGGUUACUCCACUUGGGGAGAAGCAGAAGGAGGAAGAGGAACAGGAGUUGAAAGAGGCCCAGCCGGAGACCCCCCAGUCCCCUGAGGUCCCACAGUCCCCUGCCCAGGAGAAUCAUCCAGAGGUCUGCCCCCAGAAGAAGCUCAGAUCGUCACUGCUGACCGACCUUCCAAAGCCAGAGCCUCUGGGCUUGGACAAGCACAGUGGGGAGAGGAGGGAAGAUGUAGAUGUUGCACCAGAGAGAGGCACCUCAGUCUCAGUGUCAGUCACCCCCGUAUCCACCCCCGUAUCCACCCCCGUAUCCACCCCCGUAUCCACCCCCGUAUCCACCCCUGUAUCCACUCCUGUAUCCACCCCUGUAUCUACCCCCAUAUCCACCACCCCAUCCCCGGAGCCGUUGAAAAGGAAGUCCUCAUCCAGUGAACAGGAAGUAGAGCUGACUCCAGAGAAGAGGGCCCGCAUCACAUCCGUGGUAACCUCUCCAGCAACCACCAUAACAACAGCACAGAGAGUGCCUCCGCUUAAGGUAAAUAUAGUAAUUAUUUUUACAAUUAAAUAUUGUAUAUUGAAAUGUAUUUGUGGUGAAUAAAAACAUCAGGUACAAAUAUAUUUAGACCAACUGUGUCUCCUACCACCAGGAAGGCCCACACAUGUUCAUCUUGAGUUCUUUCUUGUUCACUUUCUUUUUCAGAUUCCUGUGUCACGAAUCCUAUCAGUCCCUGCAUCUCCAACCCAGGUGUCCCCCAGAACCCCUCUCCCCCUCAGCCCUGGCCCCAGCCCCGGACGCACUGGUGCUCGCACUCUGGCUGACAUCAAGGCUAAAGCUCAGCUAGCCCGGGCCCAGCGUGCAGCAGCAGCUGCUGCAGCCAGCUCCUCCUCUAAAGGUGCAGUACCAGGCCCGGGACCAGGAGGAGGCAAUGUAGAGCAGAGAACCCAUAGAGCUUCAGCCCAGACCCUCCACUCCAGACCCUCCUCCUCCACCCACAGCUCCACCCAGUCUCAGUCAAUCACCAGGCUGCCAGUAAGUAGCACCACUGGUCAAUCUACCUGUCAAUCACCUGAUGCAGUCAUCACAUCAGCCCACUCCCGUUCGGUCCAAUCAUCAGGCUCCUCUGUGCCCUUUGACCUUAGCCUGUCUCAAAGAAGCUCCAACACCGGUAGAGUGUCUCUCACUGAUGACCAACAGAGAGGCUACUCCGAUAGUCUUAUGAACCCAGGUUCUCUGAUGGGCCCUCAACAUGGGAACAUUCAACAUACGUCAUACCCACCAGGUCCCCAGUCAACCUCUAGCUACACCUCAUCUGUGUGUGGUGUGAAGAGCCAGUAUGUAUCUGGUGUAUCUGGAGGCUCCAUGGCAGCCAGGGCUAGCCACUUCAUCCCAGCCAACAACCCUCUGGUCACCUCUCUCCUCCAGGGGAAAGAGGUUCCUCUGGAACAGAUCCUCCCCAAGCCGCUGGCCAACGCAGAGGUCCAGAUGGCCCAGGCCAAACCCUCCCAUGAUGACAAAGGGACGAUAAAGUCCCACAGCACUGCUGGGACAGCCGGUGGUGAGAAUCAGAGCCAAUACCUACACGCUGGUGGUGUAGAGGACUACAGUAGAUCUGAACAGCAAGGAUCCAUAGGCCAGUCCACUUCCACCAUACCUGGAACAAGAGCAGGUAUGUUGGCAGAGCUCCAGCGCCAUCCAAGGGAAACACCUAACAAAGACAUCCAGGAACAGAUCCUCCAGACUCUGAUGCAGAGGGCCACCCAGCAGCACCAGAACCAGCCAUAUGGGGUCUCAGGCAGGGCUCAGCCUGCCCAGUUCGGAGCUUGUAAUCUGGGGCACCAGAAGGAGUGUGUGGACCGUCUUCGGUUCUCAGCAGGGUUCCCUGGACGGAAGAGGAUGUCCAGGCCUGCCAUGUCAGGGCACUACCUCCUCAAUGUCUCCACGUACGGACGAGGCUCAGAGAGCAGUAAACGCUCCCACCCAUUGACCACCGCUAACACCUCACUGACCCCACUGACCAAUCUAAAGAGAGAGCACAUUGAGGGGGAAGGGGAGGAGUCAGUGGAGAAUAAGUCUCAUUCUCAUUCUAACCCUGCUGGAGUGAAGAUGGAAGAGCAGGGCUUCUCAAUCACAAAAAUGGAUGAAGCUCUGGGCUUUCAACACUGCUCCAGAGUAAUGUCUGAGUCUCCAUCAGUGGGGGGCUGUCUACCGGAGCAGGAGGACAACAGUUCAGCCGGUACAGAUAGAGACAGUGGCACUUCUGCAAGAGCCAAAGAAACCAACCCUUUCACCCAAUCACAAUCACAGCACAGGAGGCACCCGGAACUCUGCAAUACUAAACAGGGUGGUCAUUCCGAGCCAUAUCGUUUAUCUGUAUCUCCCCAUGUGGGGACCAUGGACCCCAGUCACCCCAGUACUCACCAGCGUCCGUCUGCCUUUCAAAUCCAGAGACCUCCAAUCGAUAAUCAGGAAUCCAUGGUGGGUUCCUGCUACGGUGGCACCAUCAGCAUGUCUGUACCUCACCACAGUGCUGCUGCUUCAGGCACCGCUUCCAGCGCCUCCCCCUCUGUGUCAGGUAGUGGUGGGGACAGUGGCAGUGGCACCGGCAGUGUCAUGUCUUUCUCAGUGACCGUCACCACCAUACCUGCCGGUCACCCAUUGGACCACAGCAGCCAGGGGGAGGGGUCUCCAGAGCAGGGGUUUAUGGAGGGAUCUGGUAUAGAGAACGUUCAGUCUAAAUGCUACUGCCGACUCAAAGCUAUGAUAAUGUGUAAAGGGUGUGGGGCCUUCUGCCAUGACGAUUGCAUUGGCCCUUCGAAACUCUGUGUCUCGUGUCUAGUGGUACGA